UACGUAGCACGAGGCUUUGACAGAUGGUCUAAUUUUAAAAAAUUUUCGUGUUUGUACAAUGUAUGGUCUAAGACGCCAUCUGACGUAACGGCACCACUUAUCGUGUUUGAGUUUUGAAUCCAUUCGAAUCGUGUACCUAGUCAUACCUGGUGUAUACUGUGUACGCAAGUAAAUACAUAAACCUAAAAAAUGGCGAGACCACGUGUUAACGGCCGGCAUUUAGCGCAAAAUGUUGGAGAAGAAGUAAUCUUGCUUGGAACUAUAAGAAACAAAUCAUCAAACGGUACGAAUGUAGAAAUAAUGACAAUGGAUGGUAUUCAAGUUAAUGUAACUUUGUCAGUUCCUAUCGAUGGAAAUGCAGAAGGAUAUAUAGAAUUACGAGGUAAAUUAAACUCAAAAUCUACAAUGGCGUGUAGCGACUAUAUAUUGCUGCCAUCUGAUGUGGUAGAUAAAUUUGGUAAGAUCAUAUUAUCUUCUCUUUCAAUUUUAUCUAUUGGUUGUUUAAAUUUGAUCGUAACACACGCUAUUAUAAUUGUAGAUAUCCAUCAAUAUAACCAUUUGGUUAAUUUGUUAAAAGUGAUGCAAAGCGAUGCAAAUUGGUGGGAAUUAGUUCAGUAUGAAUAAAAAUCAGUAAGAAUACAAAUUUUGUGAAGUUUGUAUAAGAAUAUGGUAACUAUUUUACAGUAUAAUUAAUCAAUUUUAUUUAAUAAUAAAAGUAAAUAUCCUUGUCAUAUAGACAAUGCCAGUCAUUGUUUCUUUCACAUUGUAAGUUCAAUCUAUUGAAACCUCUCAAAAUAACAACCUUAAAACUAAAAUAGAAUUAUUAUCAUCAUUUAAUGUUCUUGAGAUCUUUAUAGGAUACUCACUCCUAUUUUACAUGAUGCAUCCAAGGAGAAACAUCUACAAGUACAGGAUGUUACAGGGCAUUCUGAAUGUUGGCUGUUUUCAAAAUAUAUAGAAAUUUACUACAAAUAAAACAAAAAUGUUGAAAGAAAAAAAAAA